AUGACGCCCAAUCCAACUGCACUGUCUCUCUACCGUCGCUCGCUGAAGCUUGCCCUCGACUGGGCCGUCCAUCGCAACCUAUGGCGUGGUCAGGCGGUUUAUAUCCGUUCACUGUUUGAAGCAAAUAGAUAUGUGCUGGAGCCUCGACAACAGAGAGUCCUAUUCCGAGAGACUGAGAAGCUCCUGGAGGAGUGGAAACAUCCCGAUCCCUAUAGAGCCCCUACUGCUCCAGGCGGAUCGAAAUACGAGAGAAACACCGAAGUGCGCGAUCUACCUUUGGGAAAGGCACAACACGAAGAAAUGGAAGAAGAGGAACAAAGAGCUCGGGAGACCGCGAAGAUCCACGCGGCCAGAAUGCAAAGGCAGAAAGAAGACGAGAAGGAACAAGGCUCCUGGUGA